AUGAGCUCGGAUUUAACUAACGUGCUGGAGCUGCGUGCUUUUUGGGGGGGGCGCCGUGGUGGCGUUACGGCAGUGCGCGCGUACUCGGGGCAAUACGGGGGGGGGGCGUGGCCUAGAGAGGGGGCGUGGUUUGGCCGCGGGCGUGGUCUCGUCACGAUGGGCGUGGUCUGUUGCGAAGGGGCGUGGCCUGCCGGUGACGCCAUCAGGCGGCGCCGCCCGCCGGGCCCGGGCGCCAGGGAGGGGAACCGGGAGGAGGCGGAGCGCUGCGUCGGCAUCGCGCUGGCGGCCGCCAAGGCCGGGCAGCCCGAGCGGGCCCGGCGGCUCCUGCUGAAGGCGCAGCGCCUCUACCCCUCGCCCCGCGCCCGCGCCCUCCUGGAGGAGCUCGACAAGGAGCAGCAGGCGGCGGGCGCCCGGCCCGACCCCGACCCCAGCCCCGGGGCGCCGCCGAGCCCCCAGGGGAGGCCGGGGAGCGGCGGGGAGGCGGCCGGGGAGGCGCCGCGGGGCUACACGCGGGACCAGGCGGAUGCCGUCAGGAGGGUAAAGCAGUGCAAAGAUUACUACGAAAUUCUGGGAGUCAACAGAGAAGCUUCUGACGAGGACUUGAAAAAGGCUUACCGGAAACUCGCGCUGAAGUUUCACCCGGAUAAGAACCACGCGCCAGGGGCUACGGAGGCCUUUAAAGCCAUUGGCAACGCGUACGCGGUGUUGAGCAACCCGGAGAAGAGGAAGCAAUAUGACCAGUACGGGGACGAGAAGCUCAACCCUGCUCGGCACGGACACAGUCACUCAGACUUCCACCGCGGGUUUGAGGCGGACAUCUCCCCCGAGGACCUCUUCAACAUGUUCUUUGGUGGUGGAUUUCCUUCCAGUAACGUCCACGUGUACAGCAACGGCCGGAUGCGAUACACCUACCACCAGAGGCAGGACAGGCGAGAGCAUCAGGGAGAUGGUGGCCUCGGGCUGUUUGUCCAGCUGAUGCCUAUCCUCAUCCUGAUCAUCGUGUCUGCUCUCAGCCAGAUGAUGGUCUCCAGCCCUCCCUACAGCCUGAGCCAGAGGCCGUCCGUGGGUCACAUACACAGGAGAGUGACAGAGCACCUGAAAGUCGUCUACUACGUGUCUGAGAACUUCGCCGAGGAGUACGCAGGCACCAACCUGAAGAACGUGGAGAGGAGCGUGGAGGACGACUACAUUGCCAACCUCCGAAAUAACUGCUGGAAGGAGAAGCAGCAGAAGGAAGGCUUGUUGUACCGGGCACGCUACUUCGGGGACUCGGAGCUGUACCAGCGAGCGCAGAAGAUGGGCACCCCCAGCUGUAGCAGACUGUCAGACGUACAGGCCUCUCUGCACGGAUAGUCGCUGCCGGCCCGCUCGGCGGAGCUCUAAGUACGAGCUGGUGACGCUCCCUGGGACGGCAGAGCACGGCGCAGUAGUGCUUUUAAUACUUAAAUCUCUGAGGCACAAGUCUUCGUGAGUCUCCUCUGGAUGCGCGCACGUAGCGGGGGGAAGCACCCCCCUCUGUCAAGCCUGCACUCCUGACCUGGGAGAUUAAUUCUGUUUAGUUUGCAUGUCAGCACCCCGGCUCUCUCCAAGCUCGCUGUUUUUGCUGGCGUUGGUUCUCUAGGAACAAAGCAAAGCCCCGGGCGUGCUGGCGACUCGGCCGAGCUCCUGUCAACUGCGUGCCUGACGCAGCGGCCGUGCGCGCCUCAGCUGGCUGAAGUUUUUUUUCCUUAUCUCGCUACGCCUUUCCCAGCCGCGGCAGCCAGCCGCAGCCUUUAAAUGAACCCUUUUUGUUGCUUUAUUGUCUGUUUUAUUGAAAAAGUCGUUACCCGUGGCACUAAAGAAGUGUGGUGACCGGGAAUGGACCCGUAGAAAACAGAUGUUCCUUGCCCCCCUCUGCCUUCCCCUGACGAGGAGAGCAAAGCAGAGGGUUGGAGUUCACGGCAGGUUGUAGAAGCAGCUUUGUGUGUUCACAGGGAAACAAAAGGGGCCGAGCCGGAGCCUGGAGGACGGGUGGGUCGGAGAGCUGGGGUUAGGGCGAGCCGGAUAGCGCAGGUGAAGGCGGGAGUGCUGGGUCACGGGGGAGCUGAUGAAAGCCAGGAACACUUGGGCAGAGGCUGGAGUCCUUUUUGUGCCCGAUUAUCUGGGCUGAUUUCACCUACCAGAUGCUCUGAGGGUGGCCCCAUCUAGCCACAAAACCUUUUGAAAGCAGAGUUUCUGUACAAAAGAAAUUGAAGGUGAAGCCCACACCAAGUUUUAGUUGUAUGGACACUACUGAGCCUUACAAGGACUUCUUGGGGGCGCUGGACAUCCAGCUACCUGACUUCCAGACACGAGUAAAGAGGUUUAGCAGUGGAGCUGUUCUUUGUUUUCACCCUCCUUGCCUCACGGAGCGUGGCUAAAAGCUUGAAGGCCCUCAAAGCAAAUCCUCGGGGUCGCGUUUGGCCCUUUUUGCCUGCACCCCGUUUUUGGAACCACUCUUCUCUCGCUUCUCCCACUCCUGUUUUCAUAACCGCGCCUCCUCUUUCACGCCAGCCCGGUGUUACCUACCUGCCUUCCUUCGAGAGGAGGAAUUCGGCACUGCUGCGUGCCCGCGGUCUGAGCAGAGCCUCCCGAAACGCGGGGCCGGGCGGGGAGCGGCAGGGUGGCGGCGCGCCGUGCUGCUCUCCGGGACUCACACCCUUACCGCUUUCGUUCCCAGACUGGAAAUGCCUGAAGACUCUUGGUGAAGUGCACUGAGCCGAGGUGACGGACUUUGUAUUUAAGGAAUCAAACCUGAUAUUAAAAUGGAAUCGGAGAAUUAGCAACGCACAACUGCCCUCUUUCUUCUCUCUGCCCAUCUUCGCCGUUACGAUGUCUCAGGCAGCAAUUAGGACAGGAAACACAGCUGCCCGUCCUCCUCCUCCCCUUCCGGCACCACUAGCCUGGUUGCUCCUAGGGUACCACAACCAUCAGAACAAGCGCGUGGCGUGCAAGGUGAGAGACCCAACCACAAAGCCAUGAAGCAAAAGGAGACCCUCGUGACUGCGCUGGAGAGAGAAAUCGGACAAUUUGGUGAUAAAACUUUAAACAAAAAGAAGUAUAAUCUAUUUAGAAUUAAUUUAUAGCUGUAUAUAUGUUGUACUUUUAAACUAUGCAGGGGUUGGAUGAUUAAAUUAUUUUGUUCUCUGCCCAGCUUGGCGAACGGGGAAGCGGGCAGCGUCUCUUCCCGGGGUAUCUCACUCUGCCUGGCACACGGAGCUGAAGAUCACUUUGCGGUUACUGCACUUUGCUUUCUCGAGGACAGCGGCGCUCUGUGGCUGGGGAUGUUGAUGCCUGCCUUCUGGGCUGUAAUAAAAGCAUUUGCAAAUCUGCAGGGGGCGAAAAGCAAUUAAUGAAACUGCCCAGAUUUGCAAUUUGGGUUUGCAGCGUUGGCAGAAGCUUCCGCAGGUCAACGGAGCGCUGGAGCCGCAUUCAGCGAAGGAAAGGAUUGUCCUGGAUGGUUUUAGUUCAUCAGUUGUUCGGUUUAUGUCUGUGUGUAACCUUUUUUUUUUUUUUUCAGUCUGCUUUUAAUUUAGCCUCGUAAUCAGUGUGCAGCUUUCAGUCUGUAAACAGGGCUUUCCACGGGCUGUGUCCCUUUGUUAAUUAUUUUGUCCCGCACCCGGCAUCCCUUGCCCAGCAGCGCUCCUGUUUGCAACGUGGCCGUGGCGCGCUAUCGCCUGCGUUUCUUCGGGGAGUCCUGUGAAGUGCUGCUGUCUGUACCAAACGGAGCUUUGCAUCGCAUCUGCUGAAGGAAGUGUUGCUGGGGGGACAUCAGUGGCUGCACCCAGUCCCCUCAGACCCGCUCGGUGCUGCCGCAAGCCCCGGCUUUGCCGGCUUGGUCAGGCAGGACCUGGAUGAGAGCGCUCAGGGCUGUGAGCCGUCUGAGAAGCGAAUGAGCGGAGUUAGGUCAGCGGGAUAAACUGGAUCCUUUUUCGUCCCCUGCGGUUAAUUUUCGCCUAAAGGCUUUGCCUGUGAGAGCCAUCCCCCAGCACCCCAGGGGAGCUGAUCAAAAGAGCAGCAGUGGGUGCGAGGGCUGGGAGAUCAAGCGGUGAGUUGGGCUCCUUUCUUGAGCAAUAGCAGUCUGUGUGCUCUGUCUUUGGCUAUUUGUUUUGCAAAGCAUCAGCCCUCCCUUUAACUGUAAGCCUUAUUCCACAGCUACCACAACAUGGACUUGAUUUUAAAAGUUGUCUUUUUCCUCCUUUUUUUUUUUAUGGUACUUCCACCUUUGGAAGGCGUGGGGUGGAAGCACGGCGUUUUGAAAUAGCUCUUAAUCGAGGCGCAGCCACACAGAGCUCAUGGGGUGGGGGGAUUAAAAGAAGAAUCACGUUUGCAAGAGGUGCUGAAUGUCUUGCGAAACGGCAUUCCUCACCCAGAGCCUGCCCACCGAAACCUUUGGAUUUUUCGAGUAGAUUUCCAUGGUUAAUAUGAGUGGGAAAGCAUAGAUCCUAACGGAUGCUCCUGGAAGCUGCAUUUCUUGAUUUAGAGUUAAUUAUCAAAUUGUACAUCUAUAAAUAAAUGUUUAUAUCGUGAAAGGC